AUGCCUUCACUACUAAGGACAACUUUGGCGGCUUUUGUGCUCCUCGGCGCUGUCGUCCCUGUCUUCGCCAGUGAUCCAUCAACAGCUUGUUACGAUAACCCCGGUGAUACUAAGAAUUAUGGUAUCAAAACAUACCAAACAGCCAACCUCUGCCUUGCACAAUGUCGGGACGAAAACAAAGCUGUCUACGGUGUCACUAGAGGCUCCACUUGCUACUGUGGUGACGUCUUCCCCGAGGACGGAAAAGUGGAUAUGAGCGAGUGUAACGUACGCUGUCAAGGAUUUCCCGAUGAAAUUUGCGGUGGCGUUUCGGUUUGGUCAUUUGGCAUCACUGGAGUUGUACCCCCGAGUAAACCAAAGACUACGAAAACAUCCUCUACAUCCUCUUCUGAGAGCACAACUAGCGAAGCUCCUUCAAUCCAAACCGUCAUCAAGACACCCAUUGUUACUCAGACUGCUCCCGCUGAUGGCGACAAGCAACAAAAUAGUGGCGGAGGAGGCUCAAGCAAGGCCGGUAUUGCGGCGGGUGUUGUCGUCGGCGUAAUCGCUGUCAUUGCAAUGGGUGUUGGUGGUUUCCUCAUUGUUCGACGAAACAGACGACGACAGGCCGAAGAGGAAUACAGAGCCGCCGUUGCAGCAAAGGAGUUCACUGCCUCUAUCAGAAAACCACAGGCGGACACCAGACUAGACCCUGUCAUGCUCCAGCGAAGAAUGAGCGACGGCAGCAUUGCGGACAACCAGGACUACUCGAGACGGAUAUUGAAGGUCACAAAUCCCGACGCAUGA